CUGAGAGCUGGGAAUGAACUGUUCAGAUAACAAGUUAAAUACUGAGCGGCGUGAUUAGGGGGAAGCCUUUCCAAGAGGAAAAUAAUUUUUAUUUUUGUCAUUUCAGAUUACUCAGUUAGGUUAAGUAGGCAAGGCCGUGCUUGCUUUUAGGGAAGAUCAGUGCAUUCCCUUGGAGCAGAAAGAACACACUGGCCCUGCUGUCCUUCCAUGAUGCAGCUUUGUGCUCUGAUCUUGGCCUGUCUUACUGCUUGCACAGCCUGGGGGCACACAUCCUUGCCACCUGUGGUGGACACUGUGCAUGGCAAAGUCCUGGGAAAAUAUGUCAGCUUGGAAGGAUUUUCACAGCCUGUGGCUGUCUUCCUGGGCGUCCCUUUUGCUAAGCCUCCUCUGGGGUCCCUGAGGUUUACUCCUCCACAGCCUCCAGAGCCAUGGAACUAUGUGAAGAACACCACCUCCUACCCUCCCAUGUGUUCCCAAGAUUCAGAAGGGAGUAGGCCACUCUCUGAUCUCUAUACCAAUAGGAAGGAGAGCAUUCCCCUGUGGCAUUCUGAAGACUGUCUAUAUUUAAAUAUUUACACCCCUGUGGACGUGAGGAAGAAAAGCAGUCUGCCGGUGAUGGUGUGGAUCCAUGGAGGUGGUCUUGUGGUGGGUGCAGCAUCAACCUAUGAUGGACUGGCCCUCUCAGCUCAUGAGAAUGUGGUAGUAGUGACCGUUCAGUUCCGCCUGGGCAUCUGGGGAUUCUUCAGCACAGGGGAUGAACACAGCCGGGGAAACUGGGGCUAUUUGGACCAGGUGGCUGCACUGCGCUGGAUCCAGGACAACAUUGCCAACUUUGGAGGGAACCCACGCUCUGUGACCAUCUUUGGACAGUCAUCAGGAGGUCAAUGUGUCUCUGUUCUUGCAUUGUCUCCUCUGGCCAACAACCUCUUCCACAGGGCUAUUUCUCAGAGUGGAGUGGUGUUCACUGCUGGCAUGUUCACUAAAGAUGUGAUGCCUGUGGCUCAGAGAAUUGCUGAUAUUGCUGGAUGCAAAACUACCACAUCAGCUGUCAUGGUUCACUGCCUGCGCCAAAAGACAGAGGAUGAGCUUUUGGAGGUGACAAAGAAAAUGAAUCUUCUUGGUGUGGAUUUAUUUGGAGACCCCAGUGAGCACUAUCCCUUUAUUCCUGCUGUUGUUGAUGGUGUGCUGCUGCACAAGACACCUGAGGAAAUUCUGGCAGAAAAGAAUUUCAACAUCGUUCCCUAUAUGGUAGGAAUCACCAAGAAUGAAUUUGGCUGGAUCAUUCCAAUGUUGAUGAGAAAUCCAAUCCCUGAAGGCAAACUGGACCAGAAGACAGCCACAUCACUCUUGUGGAAGUUCCAUCGCUUUGUUAAUAUUCCUGAGGAACUGAUAGCAGUGGCCACUGAGAAGUAUUUAGGAGGAACAGAUGACCUUGUCAAAAAAAGAGAACUGUUCCUGGACUUAAUAGCAGAUUUUAUGUUUGAUAUCCCAUCUGUGAUUGUGGCCCGUGGCCACAGAGAUGCUGGAGCCCCAACCUACAUGUAUGAGUUCCAGUACCUCCCAAGCUUCUCAUCAGACUUAAGACCCAAGACAGUGAUUGGAGACCAUGGGGAUGAGAUCUUCUCAGUGCUUGGGGCUCCAUUUUUAAAAGAGGGUGCUUCAGAAGAAGAGAUCAGCCUUAGCAAGACAGUGAUGAAAUUCUGGGCCAACUUUGCUCGGACUGGGAACCCCAAUGGGAAGGGGCUACCACAUUGGCCAGAGUACGACCAAAAGGAAGGAUACCUGCAGAUUGGUGCCACCAUCCAACCUGCCCAGAGACUCAAAGACAAAGAAGUAGUUUUCUGGACUGAGGUUAUAGCCAAGGAGGCAGUGAAGAAGCCACACCAAAAAGAACACACAGAACUCUGAAAGGAAGGCCUACCUAGCCUUGGAAGCCUGGAGCAGUCAACACAGCUGUAUUUAAAGACAAUGUUUGGUGAUCAGAGCUACAUCUUACUGUAGAUCCUGAAGAAUUGUUUGUUGAGAGUGAUGGGCAGAAUGCAAGGAUAGGAAUGAUUGUAUUUUGACCUGAAUUUGAAGAUAAAUAUUCUUUUUGACACAAAA